AAACUCAUGGACAAUGGCUUCAAGAAUGCCGUCGUAGAUGCUCUUGUCGAGGCGAGACCCAUCGGUAACACUGGCAAUCGUUGGGAACCAAGCGUCAGUACAUCCACCAUCAUGUACACGGGUAUCCCCGAGUACUCACCCGCUCGCCGCUUAGUGGCAAACAUGUGGUGA